GUGGCACUUUCCGUUGAGGCGUCACACUAUUUUGGCAGGUCGACAGGGAUCCGGGAAAUCAUUUACAUUCGUUUUCUAAAGCAUUAAACACAUACCAAAACAAAAACACGUGCAGUCAUGUCUGACUUCAAUGACGAUCAUUUCCCCGGCGUAACCGCGAAUGAGAGAUUCAACAGGCAGUACCACCGCCUGCUGUUGCGGGCCGUCAUGAAUGUGGACAUCGAGAUAGGCAUACCGAGGGCCACCCAGGACGUCAUUGCUUCUCUACCAUUUCGCAAGGUUCGGGAAUCGGAGCUGGUGGGCGUCGACCCGAAGUGCUCCGUGUGCAUGGAGUCCCUCCAGGCUGGUGAGAUAUUGAAGAGCAUGCCGUGCAAGCACGAGUUCCACGAUCAGUGUCUCAUCCGAUGGCUGAAGGAGUCCUACUCGUGUCCCUUGUGUCGCUUCCAGCUGAAAUUCCAAGAGUUGACCUUUACAAGAGUGACCCACGGGCACCUGGCACCGGUCAACCACCCCCUAGUCCACGUCUACGGGCCCUUCCGCCGCAGCGAGGCGGGGUCCCUCCGUCGCAGCCUGACCGGGCCCAGCCACCGCAGCCAGGACGGAUCGAGGCACCGCUUGCAGGACGACUCCAACAGCAGUGACCAGGACGACUCCGACAGUAGUGACGAGGAAGAGUCCGGCCGCAGUGACCAGGACGACUCAAACCCCAGUGGCCAGGUCGGCUCUAACCCCAGUGGCCAGGCCGACUCUAACCCCAGUGGCCAGGCCGACUCUAACCCCAGUCACCACUCUUACCGCAGUGACCUGGACAGCUCCAACCGCAGUGACCUGGACAGCUCCAACCGCAGUGACCAGGACGACUCCAGCCGCAUUGACCAGGCCGACUCUAACCUCAAUGACCAGGACCACUCUAACCUCAAUGACCAGGAUCACUCUAACCUCAAUGACCAGGCCGACUCUAACCCCAGUCACCACUCUUACCGCAGUGACCUGGACAGCUCCAACCGCAGUGACCUGGACAGCUCCAACCGCAGUGACCAGGACGACUCCAGCCGCAUUGACCAGGCCGACUCUAACCUCAAUGACCAGGACCACUCUAACCUCAAUGACCAGGAUCACUCUAACCUCAAUGACCAGGCCGACUCUAACCCCAAUGACCAGGCCGACUCGGACCGCCGAUUUUAUUAG